AUGAAUGAAAACGAUCAGGUUCUGUCUCUGGGCGCAGACGUGCUGCCGGAGUAUAAGCUCCAAACCCCCCGGAUGGACCACUGGACCAUCCUGCACUACAGCCCCUUCAAAGCGGUGUGGGACUGGCUCAUCCUGCUGCUGGUCAUCUACACGGCCAUCUUCACGCCAUACUCCGCCGCCUUCCUCCUCAACGACAUCGAGGAGCAGAGGAGGCGGGAGUGCGGCUACUCCUGCUCCCCCCUCAACGUGGUGGAUCUGAUCGUGGACAUCAUGUUCAUCGUGGACAUCCUCAUAAACUUCAGGACCACGUACGUCAACGCCAACGAGGAAGUGGUCAGCCACCCGGCCAAGAUCGCCAUCCACUACUUCAAAGGAUGGUUCCUCAUAGACAUGGUGGCCGCCAUCCCCUUCGACCUGCUGAUCUUCGGCUCCGGAUCGGACGAGACCACCACUCUGAUCGGCCUGCUGAAGACGGCCCGCCUCCUGCGGCUGGUGCGAGUGGCGCGUAAGCUUGACCGGUACUCAGAGUACGGAGCUGCCGUGCUCAUGCUGCUCAUGUGCAUCUUUGCCCUCAUCGCCCAUUGGCUGGCCUGCAUCUGGUACGCCAUUGGAAACGUGGAGAAGCCUUACCUGGAGCACAAGAUCGGCUGGCUGGACAACCUGGGGGUGUCCAUAGGGAAGAAAUACAACUACAGUGACCCCAGCUCAGGCCCCUCCAUCAAGGAUAAGUACGUCACCGCUCUCUACUUCACCUUCAGCAGUCUGACAAGCGUGGGCUUUGGGAACGUCUCCCCCAACACCAACUCUGAGAAGAUCUUCUCCAUCUGCGUCAUGCUCAUCGGAUCUCUAAUGUACGCCAGCAUCUUUGGGAACGUGUCCGCCAUCAUCCAGAGGUUGUACUCAGGUACGGCCAGGUAUCACCUGCAGAUGCUACGUGUCAAAGAAUUCAUCCGCUUCCACCAGAUCCCAAACCCCCUGAGGCAGAGGCUGGAGGAGUACUUCCAACACGCCUGGACAUACACCAACGGCAUCGACAUGAACAUGGUCCUGAAGGGUUUCCCAGAGUGCCUGCAGGCCGAUAUCUGCCUCCACCUCAACAAGAACCUCCUGGAGGGCUGUAAGGCGUUCCAGGGAGCCACAAAGGGCUGCCUCCGGGCCCUGGCCAUGAGGUUCAAGACCACCCAUGCCCCCCCUGGAGACACCCUCGUCCACAGUGGAGAUGUGCUUACUGCCCUUUACUUUGUGUCCCGCGGCUCCAUCGAAAUCCUCAAAGAUGACGUUGUGGUGGCCAUCCUAGGUAAGAACGACAUUUUUGGCGAGAUGAUCCAUCUGUUCUCCAAGUCGGGGAAAUCCUGUGCAGACGUGCGGGCGCUGAGCUACUGCGACCUCCACACCAUCCAGAGGGAGGAGAUCCUGGAGGUGCUCGACAUGUAUCCAGAGUUCGCAGACCAAUUCCUCAAAAAUCUGGAGCUGACCUUUGACCUCCGUGAUGACAAGGCGACAGGCCUCCAAGCAGCUGACUCUAAUAUGGAGGACAAUGAGUGUCGGAGACGAGUGUCCUACAAAAGGAAAAGCUCCACAGGCUCCCACAACAAGGAGCCAGCAGCCACCUACUGCGACACCAAGCAAGGGAGGAAGAUCUACGCCCCCCCAGCAGCCGGGGAGAGGAGAGAGUCCGCCGAGGAGGGGGAGGACGAGGAGGACGAGGAAGGCAGGGAGGAAGAGGAGGAGCAGAGGCCCUUGUGUUCUGGUGUACUGGGCUACCCGGUGGUUAGGGACCACAGCGCGGCCCUCGGGCUGAGUGCAGAAGCACAGGCUGCAGACAACACGCAGACCCAGGCGUAUAAAGAGCUCCACACAGAGGAGUGGGUGCGUCAGCGUCCCGUCGAGGAGUCCGCCCCGUGUCGGGAGGCGGCAGCGGGGGAGGACAGCGACACAGACCUCACCUACGGAGAGGUGGAGCAACGGCUGGACCUGCUGCAGCAGCACCUCAACAGACUGGAGUCCCAGAUGACCUCAGACAUCCAGGCCAUCCUGCACCUCCUCCAGAGGCAGACCACGUCCGGGCCCCCCGCCUACAGCACCGUCACCUCCAGCCCCGAGUACCAGAGGCCGGCCAUCAGGGUGCAGCCGGUGUCGGCCCUGCAGGCGGAGUUCAGCCUGGACCCUGCUCCGCCCCGGCCUCAGAGCCCGGAGAAGACCCCGAACAGAUCAACAGACGGCUCCCCGGUGCUCCUGCGAACCGACGCUCUUCCAGACGGGGGCGUGGCCUCCCUGCUGGAGACAGACUGGGUCACGGAGCAGAGACACACACAGGACAGCUCUGUGGAGCCCCCCCCCCACCAGAGGCUGCCGUCAGGCCGACAAGCCUCCCUGCCUGAAGUGGGCUCAGCACCCUUACCACUGCAGCGGCCUGCGUCUGACCCGGGGCACCCAGGAAACUAGCCCCCCCGCACCUCUCCUCUCAAGCUUGUCUCAGGGUCUAAGAAAGAGACUGUAUAUGCAAAGGCAACUGUAGACUUUCUUCCAUUACUUUUACGGACUCUCUCCCCCGCCCCUCUCUGAUUUAAAUGUAUAAAGACAAUUUAUACAGAGGUAUUUAUACACUAUAUUAUUACCACGUGUAAAGUCAUCAUCCACCGUGUACAUACUUUAUAGAACACUGCCAGCAACACGAGGCACCUGAUGUGCUUUUUCUAAAACAGAUAUGCAUGUUUUACGUUCUGACGGUUGCUUUUCUUCCUGUGGCAUGUUCCUCACUCUGACUCUCUCCAGGACCUCUGUAGCUGUCACCUCUUUUCUAACGCUCCCCCCUCCCCCUCCCCCCCCCCACAGGGAAUCAGCUACAUGAAAAUCUUCCCGAGGCAUUUCCACAAGCUCUGAUCUUUCUAUCAGCAAACUCCAAAACGUCCACGCAGAGAUCUGUCGCUAUAUUUAGCAUGCCUGAUUCCACCACAACGGAUGACAAACACUGAGAGUACACAGCGCAGUGUGUGAGGCUGCGCAGACACACACACGUCAGUCUUUGAGAGCAAUAACGAUCUCAUAUCUCUAGAGACGAAUCCGCUCUGGAGAUCAUUUUGCACGUGAACAAAGUAAAGGGCCUCUUUCAGCUGCAGUUAUGUUCCUUCACAUGUUUCAGACAACAUAAUGAAUGCUUGAAUUAUUAGAUUGAAAAACACAUAUUUACCAUAUAACCACCUGAACCCUAUCAAUAUAACAGAAGCAUGGCUGUGGGGGGUUUGCAGUUCACUCUAGACUUGUAAGGGUCAGCGGUCUGCGGGUGUUUCUUUACAUUACUAUUAGGGCCAUUGUAGCUGGAAAUGAAAGCUAUGAAUCUGGAGAACGGGGUAAACCUUCACUUUGCAAAGCUGUGGUUUGCAAUGUGAAGCCAUGCGGUUCCUUUGUUUGUUUUCUGUGAAGUAGGGGCUUAAAUCUGUUAGAACAUAUUUGAUAUUUUUAAGUGUUCUCUUGUUAAUUAACCACUUAAAACUCAGAGAAUAUCCAUGUGUUUUCUCUAUAAUGUUCUUUAUUUUUGACCCAAAGACACUGUCAUUUCUCUUUCAUAUGCUAACCGACAGGAAGUGACAUAUCUCGUUCACACCCUGAGUGAACUCUGACGAUCCCACGCGAUAGUUUUCAGUUGCAUGCUUUAGGUCUUCCAUUGUCUUCUUAAAAAGUACAAUUUCCUAGAUAAAAACCACGAGAAAAAGAGAAAAAAAGAGAAAAUAGUUGUCCAUGUUUUCGGGCCGCCUUCACUAGCCUUAGCUUUAAACGCCUGCUCUAGCCUUGACACACGACGGCGACCCGGUGCAAAAGCGCCACAUUUAAAGGAACCACGUUAGGGUGCAUGAGGAAAAUGAAUUAGUCAUUUCCUAACCACACACUCCCACACAAGCUCAUGUAUUGCAUGGAGACUGCACUCAAUUAUAACAAGGUCUCAAACUGUUUAUGACAUUUGGAAGGAGAUUUAGAAAUAACGCUUCAACCUAUUUUUCUAAAACAAAGUUUCAUUUGCCAUUAUUUUUCUAUGACCUUAUUGUUUCCCCCUGAUGUUGAGGGGAAGGCUUUGGAGUGCAGAAGGGAAGAAGAUGAAUGCAAUGUACAGCCUCUCAAUGUAGCAAGCAACACUUCAGUGACGGGCUCGAGGCUGCAUGAAACAUUCAUAUUGCACAUCAUAUCAUUUCUACUUCUUCAACCCAACUCUUUACUUUGUUGAAACCCGGGGAAACCUUAUUUAAGAAAAGAGAAACCACACAGAUGCUCCAGCAGGGUGUCCUCCAUCUUUCUUUCUCAAGCACAGAUGUAGAACAAAAGUUGCUGACGCUUAUAGACUCCAUGCGUCCUGAACACUUUUCCAUGGGAUUUGCAAACUUUUGCACAGAUUAGAAAACUUGCUGUACUGGAUAACAAUGUCCCUUUUUAAAUACUUAGUGCUGUUCACAAUUAUUUGUAUGCAUUUUUUUAAAUGUUUGCCACUGUAUUUUAUACAAUGCAACACUUAACAGCUC